AUGUACAUGAACGAGUUUCUACAACUUGAAGGAAGAGGCCAGGAUUCAGACACCCCAUGUGUGUGUGGUGCAGAGGAUACUGUGUUUUGGUGUCAGGAUUGUUUCUCUCUUGAGCUUGCAUGUCGGUCAUGCACCAUUGGGUUGCACCAUAACUCCCCACUCCAUAGAAUCAAGGAAUGGAGGGGCGGAUUUUUCCACCCUGUUUCAUUGAAAUCCAUGGGCCUGCGCAUUCAACUUGGACACCCUCCUGGUAUCACUUGUUGCAGACCGACACCAGCAUCUGGUGAUGACUUCAUGAUUAUCAAUGUCCAUGGUGUGCAUCCAACAGGACUUGAUUUUUGUGGAUGCGAGCAGGAAGUUUCACACUUCAAACAACUACUCCGUGCGCGCUUAUUCCCUUCCACGGUGACUGACCCAAGAAUGGCGGCAACAUUUGCUGUUUUGGAGUUCUUUCACAUACUCUCCUUUGAGUCUAAAGUGUCUGCAUAUGAGUUUUAUCAUAGCUUGGCACGGUGGACUGACAAUACAGGAAUCAUGCCAAUUCAUGAUCACUACUCAGCAUUUCUAAGGAUAGUCCAUGAGUGGAGAAACAUCAAAGCACUCAAAUGUUCAGGUCGUGGCCACCAUCCUGCCGGAAUAGGUUCCACUCAAGAUGGAGAUCUGGCUGUUCUCUGCCCUGCAUGCCUGCAUCCUGGAAAAAACCUCCCUACUAACUGGGAAACUUCACCUCUGAGUCAGCAAUGGAACCAAGGAUGGGGUUAUUUUGUCGAAGAGAAUGAAUAUAAGUGGUACCUGAGCAACAAUGGUGAAACCCUUCAAGAGAAAAGCAACUGUGUCAGCCAUAAUGCGGUUAACAUGGCUGAUACAAAGUCAUCAAGGGGACUUGCUGCGACUGGAGUGGGCACCGUGGAUUGCACACACCAUGAUAUGAAGUUAGCUAAUGGCGUUGGUGACUUACAGAAGGGUGAAAAAUAUCUUAAUAUGGACUAUCUCAUUUUCUCUGCUCUUGCCAGAUUCUCUACCCUGUCGACAAUCAACUUUUCAUAUGAUAUUGUGUGCCAGUGGCACAAAAACUUGUGGGAUCGCUUGCCCAUACUACCACCUCAUCUUCAGUUCGAUCGAGAGGGUAAGACCAUUAAUUUUUUUGUGCCGAAGUUUCAUAUCGCUGCACAUAUCAAAUCAUGCCAAACUCAAUUCUCAUUCAAUUGGACUCUGGGAGUAGGACGGACUGACAGAGAAGCACCUGAGCGUGGAUGGGCAAACAUCAAUUGCAUGGCCAGCAGUAUGAAGGAAAUGGGUCCUGGAGCCCAACGCGACACACUUAAUGACCAUUUCAGUGAUUGGAACUGGAAGAAGAUUAUGGCUCUCACAAUGACCCAGGUGGCUGUGCGGUUAGAGUUAGCACAGCAGGAUGCAAAGGAGUUGGAAGACAGGUCAGCAAUAUCACUCCACACUGAAGUCACCUGCAGUGUUCUCAUUAGCACUGGCAUUGAUGUUGAAGAUGCCCAAUAA